AUGUCAGACGAGGAAUUAAAUUAUGUAACAACAAAAACAACUUCGAGGUAAAAUAAAAAGAGAAGACAAUAAUAAUUACCACCAUAAACCCUUUAUGAUAUGUUUCCAUCAUUUGAUAAAGAGUUGAUCGAAUAAUGUUAUAGGUCAGAAAAAGCAAACAUCGAAAAUACUGUAUCAAAGUUGCUAGAAUUAUAAAGUGAGCCAGUAGUUCUGGAAGAUGUAGUGGAAAUAUAAGAGGACGAUCUCUAAAAGUAUAUAAAAGAGUUUGAGAAAUUAGAAAACAAUGAGGACUAAGAAUAAUUAAAUGAAGGCUUUAUUUUUGAAGAUAAAUCAGAAGACUAUAAUUCAUUAAAAGCUGAAGUGUCGAUGAUUUGGCUGGAUGAACCUGAACUAAAGGAUGUCCUCAAUUCCUACGAUAAGUUUUAUGAUGAAACAUAAAAUGAGGAUAAUAUUAAUAAUAAUACUUAUCUUGAUCUACUUGGGGUUGAUGUCAAUCAAAUACCACUUGAAUUUAUAAGCAACAUCCAAUCCUAUAUGCACAAGUUGAUAAACUAAUAGUAGAACUAAAUUCAGAAUGACUAUAAUGAAUUUCCCUUUUUGAUUCCUCCAGAUGAGGGUUAAAAAAUCCAAUUAAAAACCAACAAGGAUAUUCUCUCUCAAUAGAUGUAAAUCUCAAAUUAUGGUAAUCUAAGAAAAUUUGUGAAUUCUUGGACAUAACAAUAGUAAUAGUAAUCGAAACCAGAUUCAACUUCUCUUUUACAAAGAUUAUGUGAGGAAUUCCCCUUCUUUUCUUAUUCUAAGAUUAAAUUUGCAUUUGAAUAAUUGGGAACCUAUGAGUAUUGCAAAGGCUUUCUUACUAAGUAUUACAAUGACGAAUAUUAUCCAAAAAUUAUAUAAAGAACUAAAGUUGUAGCUUAAUAAGACAACCCAAUUCAAGUCUAACAAUUUACUGUGAGUGAGAAGUACAGAAAUCUAUCUGCAAAUGAGCUUAAAUAAUUAUUUGUUAAUAAUAGAUAGAAAAUAAAAGAAAUAAGAAACAAUUCUCAAGUUGUGAAUAGAUGUGCAGGUAAAUAUGGAAAUGUGGCUAUGGGGGUCAAAUUAAAUCAUUUUUAUGAAACUUAAUAUGACAAAAUUCAAUAAUUGGAAUAAGAAGGGAUUAAGAUAUUUGUUGCAAUGAUUGUUGCAGGAUAAUCAUUUACAAAAGUAGAUUUGCAUGGAAUAUAUGGAGGAGAGGUAGAGGAGCUAUUGGAUGAGUUGAUAGAAUAGAUUAAAAUAUAUAAAACAAGGUUGAAAAAAAUAAAUAUAGAUGUAGAGUUUAUUGUAGGCAGAGGUUUACACUCUAAAAACAGAGUACCAGUCAUAGGACCAAUAGCACAAUAGUAUUUCAGAUCAUGCAAUUAUUAGAUAGUUGGAUAAUAUGAGGGAAGAAUGAUUGUUAAAAUAUGA